AUGCAUGACUAAAAAAUCUGACACUUUGUACGAAUAAAAUGCCAAAUGUAUACAAACCCGUACAAAACUGUUAUACACGUAUAUAUGUUAUACAUAUCGCCUAACAGGAAAGUGCUGUAACAUGUUAUAAAAAGAAUCUUAAUGAAAUGGCAGAGAAGACCACAGUGGGAGGCAUUCCUGUUGAAUGUUUAACUGGAGAGUCUGCAGCAAUUUGGUCUGGUUGGCGCAUAUUGGGGGACAGAGAACUUAUUAGAGAAGCGUCUGUGAAAGGCACUCAUAUUAAUCUUGCCUACAAAUGCUUAGCUUUUAGAAAAAGUUGUACUAUCGAGGAUGCUCAGCAUUAUUUCAACAGAGAAGUAGAAACUUGGUUGACAGAACUCUUAAGAAAACAACAAAUUUAUAGGGCUUCCCAUAUUUUAAAUAAUCUGAACAGAGAUCCAGUGGAGCAUAUAUUUAAAGUCUGUAUAAGCUGUAAAGAUUCUGUGCUAAGGGAUUAUUUAUCACAGUAUCUGAUAAAUGUUACGAGGUUUGAAAGUGAACAUAUAAACUCAUGGAAUAUAAUAAAGAGUAUUGUUCAAUAUGAACAAAAGCAUAUGGUUGAAGAUGGUUUAAGCUCCUCCUUGUGUAUAGGAGAUGUUAUGAAGAUACCGACAGUCGUGAAACAAGCAUUGUGCACUGAAAUAUGUUUUUCUGUAGUCGGCAAUAAUCUUUCAGAUAAUUUGAAUAAUCAUGUCUUGUGGGAUUACUUGCUAUCAAAUAAUCGAAUUCAACUAAUAAAAUUUUGGAUUGAUACAUGUUAUGGUGGCAAUGCAGCGGAAGGAGCAAAUGAAAUUGAUGAAGUAUUCAAGUCGUUGAUUACCAAUUUUAAUGUACUGCCAGAUAUGAUUGAAGUUAUUGACUUUUCAAAUGCUAGUGCUCUUGUAAAAGACCUGGCUAAGAAUUAUUUAUCCAGGCAUGGAAUAUUUGUACAAACAGAGCGACAAGAUAUAAAAUUGUUAUUAGCACGUAUUUUUGCUAGUACUAUGACAAUAUCAGAAUUUAAUACAAUAUUAUCAAGUAAAUCGUGUAAUAUAGAUGGGACUGCAUUUAUAAGAGACAUCGAUAAAGAAUUAUGUCUUGCAUAUUGCUUGAAUCAAGUAAAUGCACAAAGAGAAAAGGCACAGAUUGCUGGUUUAUAUGAUGCCUUGACGAAAAUGUGCAAAAGUCAAGACAAAUUGUACGAUUCAUUAAUAGAAGGAAUUUAUGAAACGAUUCGCUAUCUCUCUGAUGAUUCUAAUGAAUAUUUAGAACAGAACUUCUUGGUAGUUUUCAUAUCGGUAUUUUCGUAUUUAUUUAAUGAAAAUGCAAGGGACGGUCAGAAUGAAAAUGUGACAAUUAAGAAUAUAUUUACAAUGAAAAAUGACCUGACGUUGGGCGCCUACAAUAUUUUAAAUGAAGUCCUUCAGAGCACAUUAAAACAGGUGCCAAUGCUUGAAGGUAUUAUAGAAAACAAAUCGAAAGAAGAAGCUACGAUUUAUGAAUUACUAAAUGGUUAUAAGAAUCUGAACGCGGAAAAAUUAUACAAGUGGCGUUUUAAUGAUGAGCCAAUGCCUCAUUUUUCUGAUGAGAAUCUUGUUAAAAAGUAUGGACAUACGGAGGAAUUAACGUAUGAAUACUACUUGAAAGAAGCCCGUCCAAAUAUGGCUCUGUUUAGCUUGAAACUGUCCAAAGGAAAGAUAAUUGGGCAUGUUUCUUCCAGGAGAAAACAGAAAGCAGCCUUAUACGCACAAAUUCUUGCUUUACGAAAUUUGGAUAAACCGGAAGUAUUAUGUACUUGUAUUCCGUUCAUUGAAAUGCUAGGGAUGGAUUCGGAAAAUUUGAGGCUCCACAUAACUGUGGCAAAAUAUGUUCGUAAGGAAAUGAAUAUCACUAUUGAGAACUUAUUAGAAAAUGUAAUACACAGAAAUGAAGAAGAUUUAAAAACAGUUUUAUCUUAUCUUGAGAUUAGUUUCCAAAAAAAUUUAAUUGAUGAUUUAGUCGAAGAUAAUCAACGAUUUGAAAAUGCAUUAAAGACAUGGGACAUUAUCGUACGAUUUGCAAAUGCACACAAUUUUUCUUUACCAGUCACUUUAUUAAAAUAUUUAGCAGGCCAAAACCAUUGGUUCGAAUUUGUUCUAGUUUGUCAUAUCUUUGAUUAUCCCUUGAGCCAGGUUUUGGAAAAUACAAAACAUUUCGAGGACGUGAUAUUACGGGAACACUUGUUAACUUGUUUGAGCAAUAAGAAGCUUGUAAAGUCUCAGCUAAUUUGUAAUGAUCUGAAGAUAACAUCACGAGAUACUAGGCAAUCGUUAUAUUGCAAAAUUGGAGUCAAGCAAAGUGAAUCACCUACUUCUGGUUCUCCAGUAUCGAUAGAUUCUGCAAGCAUUUCCGAUUCUCAAAGUAUAUGCGAAUACAAUUCGAGCGAUGAUAUUUGUUUUACAAAUGAUGACCUAUGGUCGAUCAUUCUAAAAUGUCACGAAAGUCCAGAUCCACCUGGUGCUUUAAUAAAUUCAUCCCGAUUGACUUCAAGACCUUUCCUCACGGUUUUAGCAACUAGUUACGAGCCAUCUUCAACUGCAGCAUACUGUUAUUCGUGGAUAGCAAUAUCUGCUGCAGAUGAAGAGAUCCUUAAUAAAUAUAAUGAAUGUUUGGAACAACAAGUGUGGACUGCAAAUCAAGUUUCUGAUUUAAUAUAUCAUAUGGUAACACACGGAUAUAUUAGCGUUCUCAAUAAGGCAUACAAGAUCUUUAUGCCGGAAUAUCCACUCAAUUUAUUUUUCGAAUUUCUCGCACAAUGCGUAGUUUAUGGUGACUUCAAAGAAUGUCAGCAAGAGUUAUCGAAUUUCAAGACAGAAUGUAUAAAUUUCAAAUGCAAUAAGGCUAUGGAUUGGAAUUGCUCGGAUUCUACAUACUUGAAUAAUCUGUACUGGGUCGCAGUUAUAGCGACUAAAUGUAUUAUUGCAACGCUUUCUCAUAAUUUACAAAGUAAACAUUUGCAAAUAAGAUUUAUUGAAAUUUUGAUAAGAUGUAAUUUCUUUGCAAACUUUCCAGUUUCGAUCUCGAAUUUCCAGUCUAUUCCACAAAUUAUAAAAAUUCUACUGAGUAAGGUCACAUUGAACUUCGCUGUAUUUGGAAUAUCAGAUAAUGUAUAUAAUUUUGAUAAGGAGAUUUCGAGAUGUGCCGAUAGUUUACUAGAACUUGAAGAUUAUGAUAGCGCCUUGGAACUAUCACAUGCAACAGGAUUGAAUUCAUCUGAGAUAAUUUUAGCUCAGUAUCGGAGCAGGUUUAAAAGUUACAUGCUUCAGAAUGACAAGAUUGAGGAUAGCUUUUGGAAUGAAUGUGCAUCCAGCUUUAAAAAAUAUCAGGUUUCAUAUGAAAAAGCGGCUGCAUUUUUUAUUGAGCACGCUGAGAAAGUGACUUCGCACAAAGAAAGAUACGAGAUAUUAAGCUUAGCUUUUGAAACGUUAAAAAACGUUGAAGCAGAACAGGAAACUAUUAACACGCUAGAAAUAGCAAUGUGGAAAUCGUGCAUAUUAGCCGAUCCCGAAAAUGUACACCUGGAGAGAGGUCCAUAUAUUUUCAAUAAACUAAAGAUAGAAUUGUUAUCUGGAUUAGACAAAUUGGAAUUUGGUUACGCAUUAAUUAAUCCAAAUGAGAAAAAUGCAACAGAGAAGUUAAUUAACAAACUAAUCGAUUUAGGUAAAUUAGAUACAGCACUAAGGAUAAGCACAAUUUUCAAUUACAAACAUAAGGAUUUAGAAAUUUUGAUGUUAUGCUUAAGUUUAGCCGAGAAUGAAAUCCUUCCAAAUGAAUUGACUGUUGAACAGCAAAAUCUUUUGAAAGAAACGAAUAAAAAUAAACAGCAAAAAUACAGUGCCUUAAAGAAUCGUGGAUUGCAGAGAUUUUCUUCAACCUCAUCAUUGAUUGCUUCAAUCAACGUAAAUGAAAUAACUAAGCAAAAGGAGGAAGGUCUCCGUAAAACGCAAUUGGAAUGUCUAUCAAUUUUACAAAGAUCACUUGACACCCUAGAACACGGGCUAGAUAUAUGUCUCAGGAUUGUUUUAUGUUACAAAUUAGCAAUACAACUCAGUAAAACUUAUCAAAUGUUAUUAACUCUCAAUGUCCCCAUUAAGUUUUUACAAGAAGUUACGGAAAGCGAUGUUAAAGAUAAGUCUGAAGUGAUUUGCGACAUAAUCACUGCAUAUAAAAUAGAUAAUGAUACCGUUGCAACUUUUUUGGCCGAAAAUAUCACAACGACUAUCACCCGGGCUGUAGAAGGUGGACAUCAAGAUAAUGUUUACUUAUGGGGAUAUUCUUUGAAUACAAAUUUUCAUGUAAUUACGGAAUUAUGCAAUGAUGUUUCACUCCUUGGUUGGAAAAUAUUAAAAACUGCGAAUAAAUUGCUAGGAAAAUUCCACAGUGAAAAGAGACACGCAUUGACUCUGAAGACUGUUGUGGAAUUAUUAAUACCAGCACACGAUUGUUUUACAACUGCUUGCAAUAUGGAAGGAAUAGCGUCGGUGCUACGUAAAUGCCAGAAUCUUGCAAACAUUUUACAAAAUUUGAAAUGUUGGACACUAUUAGUGCGCCUUGUAACAGGAGUCGGUCGUUUCACGGAAAUGAAUUACGUAUUUCAAAUACUGAAAGAAAACGACCAAUUUGAGUUUUUGCUUGGAAAAGGAUUAGACAAGGUGAUUGGAUUGAAAACAGCGCUUCUGGAAUUUUUAAAACGUAACUGUCCUGAAAAUAAAGACCUUUUUACCCUAGUUGCGUUACACUUUCGAUUAUAUCAAGAGAUCGCGCUUAUGUGGGAAAAUGAGGCUAAAUGCGUAAUAAGUGCAUUGAUAUCAGAUGCAACGAAAGAACAGGGAAAACUACAGAGCACCGUUCAUCAUGGGAUACAAUUCACUAAAUCCGAGAAUGUUCAGAAACAAUUAAACUUAGCUGUAACUAACUACACUCAUGCAACGCAAUACUAUCUGCAGGCUAAUAAAUUAAAUCUCGCUAGUCAGAGUUCUGAUCAAGUGCAAUUAGUCACCCUUCAACUUUCACUUUUUAAUUCAGCGUCUUCUCAUCAACAAGUGAUCUGUAUUCUUAAUUUAAAGCCUGAGGAUAUUGAUAAAGUAUUAUGCAAUAACUUAAAUUUCUCUCAGGCUCUUAUCAUCAUACAUGCUUACAAUCAUCAUAUAGAUUGGGCGAAUCUUAUUUACAAUCGUUGCAUAUUAAAUGGAGAAACGAAAUAUCUAAAAGAUUUUAUAGCAGUGAACAAGCUAACUCCCGGUCUCGCACAAGAUUGUGUUCGAAGGUACAGAUUGGAGAAAAGCAUUACUCAUACCAUGACAGACAACAUGAAAAUAUUAAUUUCUGAAUUAUCAGACGUGGAGUGUAAAUAUGCUUUCGCAAGUCAAUUGGGAUUUAAAAGCAUUAUAGAAACGAUGCUCAAUAAUCCUAUGAUAGGCGCAUACCUCAAGGAUACUGUAUGGAAAAAAGGAUAUAGUGCUAUCUGAAUAUUUUAUUAUUCGUAAAAAUAUCACAUCCAAAGUAUAUCUACGUUUAUCUUAUUUUUUGCAUAAAUAAAUAUUUUUUAUAA